GGGACCGACCUGCGGAGCCGUCUGGAGCGAGUGCGGCAACUGGAGCUGCGGAUCCGUGAGAAAAAAGCGGGAAGCGGAGCCGCACCAGGAGCGCAGCCGUCCGAGAACACCGGGACAGCAGCUCCUGUGGCAGAGGCCGGCAGCGAGAAGCCCCCCGCGUACCAGCGGUUCCACACCCUCGCGCAGGACCUGCCCCCGGGGCUCACGCUGCCCUACAAGUUCAAGGUGCUGGCGGAGAUGUUCCGCAGCGUGGACACCAUCGCUGGGAUGCUCUUCAACCGCUCCGAGACCAUCACCUUCGCGAAGGUCAAGCAGGGGGUGCAGGACAUGAUGCGCAAGCAGUUUGAGGAGCGGCACAUGGGGCAGAUCAAGGCAGUAUACCCCACCUCGUACAGGCUGCGCCAGGAGAAGAACAUCCCCACCUUCGGCAACGGCGCGAAGAAGUCUGACUACCAGCUCACGCUGGAGCCGGUGCUGGGGGAAGAGGAGAAAGCAGAUGGCCGCCCGCACUUGUCGGCAUCGCGCUUGCUGGAGCGCAGGAAAGAAUUCAACCGCAACCUGGUGAACAUCGUCAAGCAGCACCACAAGCUGCCGCGGCCGCCCCAGGAGGACAGGCUCACCACGGCACAGGAGGUGCUGAGCACGGCUCGGGGGAUGCUGACCCCCAAGAUGGAAAAAGCUCUUGCCAACCUGGCCUUAAGAACCACUGAAGCUGGUGCGGGGGAACCGGUGGUUUCCAAAGCACCGUCCCCUGCCAGCACCUCCAGUGCUCUGAAAGGGGUGUCCCAGACGCUGGCCCGCAUCCUGCGCAACGUCUUCGUGGCCGAGAAGAAGCAGGCGCUGCCCCUGGACGUGGCUUGUGCCCGUAUGACUGACAGCUACGACUCACAGAUGCCUCCAGGGGAGAUGGAGAAACACUUGCGCCUCUUCGCAGAGCUGCUGCCCGACUGGGUGGGGAUCCACGCCAUCAGGACGGACACCUACAUCAAACUGGACAAGGGGAAGGACCUCGGCCUCAUCACCGAGAGGCUCACCAAGGCGGCGACAGAGGCAGCAGCCCUCUGA